AUUGCCGUUUGCUGUAACAACUACAAGCAUGAACAGCUUGAAUCGCGAGUGGAGGCGUACAUUGAGCGACGCGAAAAGAUGCAACGCCGCAGACCUGACGAAGAAACGCCAAUUCGGACGAGGAGUGAUGUGCGCAUGAGUUUCAUGGCCGUCAAGCCAGUCAUGCCACACGAAUUGUGCGUCUUCAUCGGCCUACUGUUGGCGCGGGCCAUCCAACCAAACCGUGAGAAGAUCUCUAACCACUGGAAGCAGGCUGAUGAAGGUGGUAUUGCCCGAGGAGUCUUUACCAACUACAUGAAACGCGAUAGAUUCAUGGAGAUUUCGCGCACUUCUCCAGCAAUCUCGAUCCACGGGCGAAGACUGACAGAGCGUGGAAAAUCCGCAAAGUAG